AUGCUGAAGAUCAUUCUUGCGAAUAAAAACAAACUGGGUGGAUGCCAGAGAAAAAGUACUAUACUGAAUAAAACCAAAUGUGCAUUCGGGAGCUUAAACCACGAACUAAAAAAAUUUGAAAGAUUGUCUAGUAACAUGAUUCAAUGCAUUAACAAAUACAAAAAAGAAAAGGAGAUUUGCAUAUCUUCAUACAAAAAUUACAAGAAAGAAAUUAAAGAAUGCGUUUACACCUUGUUUAGUGAAAAAAUUUUAAAAAGUUUAAAAAAAGAUGAUUUUAAAAUUAUAUUUGCAUACACCAUUUUAUUGUCAAAAAGAGUCCUGAUUGAGAAGGAACUCUUGAAAAAUGUAAUACUAUCCUAUGUACUACUACUUAACGAAAAUGAAAAAAAGGAAGGGAAAAACAAAAAUUUAAGUAAAUCCAUUGAUGGAAAAAUAGGACAAAACGACACAAGUAAUUCUUUAUUACUAGUAAUUAAAUACCUGUAUUACCUAAAUAUAGAUUACGAUAAAAUUAUAUAUAAUUAUAUUUACUCCGAAUUAAACAAUGAAAUAGAAUUCUACACACUUGAACAACUAGUCGAAAGUGUUAAAUUAGUAUCAUCAUUUAAAAAUAAAAAAUGGAUUAAUCAAAAAUUUUUUUCAAGAUCUAUAAACGAAAUUGUUAAAAGGAGCAAUGAAGGGAAAACAAAGGACAUAUCAAAAUAUUUAGUGACAAUUAUAAAAUCUUGUUCUCGCCUUAAUUGUGAAAUUACGGAUAUUCAUAUAUUGUUAGAAAUAUUACGAGACAAUUAUAACAAAGGGGAAAAAAAAGAUAUUCACAUAUUAAUUAAAGUUAUAUAUAAUAUAUUUUUAUGUAAUUAUUAUAAUUACAAAAAUAUAAAUCAAUUAAUCAAUUUAUUAAAAUUAGAACUGAUAUGUGUAAAUAAGGAGGAAGAAUAUCCCACAUAUAAAAAAUACCAAUAUAACAAUAAUGUCAUACUCGACACGAACAUCGAUAUGGAUUUACAAAUGAGUAAAAACAGUUCUAAUAUUGCCAUUUGUAAUGACAAUAUAAAUAGCAUCCAUCAGUUGUAUUUUAACGCGAAAGAAAAUAAGUUAAAUGAUUCUACUUCCAUUACACUAAUGCCAUCAGUCAGUUUGUAUAGACUAAAGUUUCUCGAUCUUCUUAUUAGAUCAGAUAAUUUUCUAUACAAUAAUUUUUACAACCCAAAUGCUCAAUUUUUUGAUUUUGUCAAACAGCUAAAAAUAGAAGGCAAAGACUCACGAGAAACUAUAUUUAGUAAACAGGUCAUAUUUUUCAUAAAGGAAAAUGGGUACAAAGUAGAGAAUAAGCAAAUCCACAUAUACCCGAUUUCUUACCUUCCGGAUUUCAGAAACACUUACGUCGAAUUAGUGCAUAACAGAAACAUGAACAAAAAUGUGAAGGAUAGUCAGAACAAGUUCCAUCGGCAUUAUUUAAACUACAAACUUCGACAUUUGAAGUUUUUAGGAUGGAACCCGAUUAUGCUAUACGAAUAUGAAUGGAAAAAACUAAGAAAUUAUGAUGAAAAGUUUGAGUACAUAAAAAAAGCAUUUAAAAGCGUAAGAAGCCAUACAUACUGA